UAGUGUUGCCAACUGAGUGAAAUUAUAAUUCUGAACUGUAGUUCUUGUAAGAGUUGCUAUGUUUGACAACUUCGUGUUUAGGUGUUUACCACAUUUACGUGAUUAACCUACAAAAGAAGUUAAACAGUAAAUAUUGUUUAUAUAUAGCUUAACUAAAUAUGGGGAAAACUUCGAAAGACAAACGAGAUAUAUAUUAUCGACGAGCAAAAGAAGAAGGAUGGAGAGCGAGAAGUGCUUUCAAGUUGCUCCAAAUAGAUGAAGAAUGUCACAUUUUCGAGGGAGUGCACAGAGCUGUAGAUUUGUGCGCGGCACCUGGUAGCUGGAGUCAAGUUUUAUCAAAGAAGUUAUGGCAAAUUGAAGGGUAUCCAGAAAAGCAUAUUCCUCCAAAAAUAGUUGCAGUUGAUUUACAAGCCAUGGCAGCAAUAGAUGGUGUAGUACAAAUUCAAGGAGAUAUUACCAAUAUUAACACAGCAAAACAGAUUAUUGCUCACUUUGACAGUUGUCUGGCUGAUUUAGUAGUUUGCGAUGGAGCACCUGAUGUUACAGGUCUACACGAUAUGGAUAUUUAUAUUCAAUCGCAAUUAUUAUUAGCAGCUUUAAAUAUCACCACUCACAUACUCAGGCCUGGAGGCACAUUUGUAGCAAAAAUAUUCAGAGCCAAAGAUGUGACUUUAUUGUAUGCUCAGUUACAGAUAUUUUUCUCCUAUGUUUAUUGCACAAAGCCUUGCAGUUCGCGCAAUUCGAGUAUAGAGGCUUUCGUAGUCUGUAAGAAUUAUUCACCACCAGAGGGUUAUAAACCUCAUUUGAUGAAUCCUUUGUUAAUGCACGAGACGUGUGAUUUCGAUAAGCUUACAGGAAUUAACAGGGCUAUUGUUCCGUUCGUUGUUUGCGGCGAUCUUAGUCAACCCGAUUCUGAUACUUGUUAUCCGCUGAAUUUCGAGGGGAAAGAAUACACGUACCACGAGCCAGUACAAACACCGAUUGCUCCACCAUACCAAGAAGCGCUCUCAUUGUUGGCGGACAGAGAUACCGAUUUUAGAAGGCCUGAUGUUAGCGUGGUAGUGGACAAUCUGAAUUCAAUGACUAUUUCGGACUUUAAAAAGCAAGCGAAGCAAAAAUGUAAGAAGGCAAACGAACAUAAAAAGACUGAAGUGCAAGACAGCAAAAACAACAAAGACAACGAUACCGACAAAGAUGUAUCAGAACUUAACGCGUUAAUGUGUCUCACGUCUGUAAAUUCUGACAAUAAAGUUAACGAUAAGGUGUAA